UUAAUAUUAAUUUUUAUUCAUUAAAUUAUAUAAAUAUUAUUAGGUCUUGUCUUAAACAAAAUGGACGGAAAAAACAAAUUUGUGAGCCCAUUUUACCGACCAUGGAUGACAACGUAUGGAGCUGCUGCACCAGCUGGUGGAUCCAACAAGGGCUUGAAGGGCAUUGUUGCUGGUGGAAUUACUGGGGGUAUAGAAAUAUGUAUCACUUAUCCAACUGAAUAUGUAAAAACACAAAUGCAACUCGAUGAAAAAGCUGGUGCUAGAAAGUAUAAUGGUAUAAUGGAUUGUGUUAAAAAGACUGUGAAAAGCCAUGGUAUAUUUGGUCUAUAUCGUGGACUUAGUGUGUUACUUUAUGGAUCCAUUCCAAAAUCAGCUGUUAGGUUUGGUGCAUUUGAAGCUCUUAGCACUCAAAUUACAGGAGGCAAUGGCGAAUUAACAGCUACUCAAAGAGUCUUGUGCGGUCUUGGUGCCGGAGUGUCUGAAGCCAUACUUGCUGUCACCCCAAUGGAAACCGUGAAAGUGAAGUUUAUCAAUGAUCAACGAUUAGAAAAACCAAGGUUCAAAGGUUUUUUCCACGGGACCAGUAUUAUCAUCAAAGAACAAGGUAUUAGUGGUGUUUACCAAGGAUUGAUGCCAACAAUAUUGAAACAAGGUACCAACCAAGCAAUUCGAUUUUAUGUAAUGGGUGCAUUAAAAAAUCUCUACAAGGGCGAUGAUCCUAACAAACCAGUACCUAAACUAUUAGUUGGAGUUUUUGGUAUGGCAGCAGGUGCUGCUAGUGUGUACGGUAAUACACCAUUAGAUGUUGUUAAGACACGCAUGCAAGGUUUAGAAGCCCAUAAGUACAAGAGCACCGUGGACUGCAUGGUUCAAAUAUGGAAAAAAGAAGGACCAACGGCAUUUUACAAAGGAACUGUACCACGGCUUAGCAGAGUGUGUUUGGAUGUUGGUAUAACUUUUAUGAUUUAUGAUUCAUUUAUGGAUCUUUUCAAAAAAGUAUGGCCUUGAGUUACUUAUUAAAAAAUAUCAACAACUUUAUAAACAUAUUAGUAAAAGGAUUAUACUGUCCAAUUAUUUCUUCUGGAUGAUCAUUGUUUACUGCAAAUAUUUUUCACUUAAUUAUCGAUAUAUUAAUCAAUAUUCUGUCAACUAUACUUUUUAAAUGAUUUUUAUUACUCAAAUUUUUAAAACCAGAAUCAAAU